UUCGCCGGGUCCUCGCCAGUCAGCAACACUUCGUGCGCUGUUUUCAGUGAUCGUGUUCGUCGAAUUAUUUUAACAAACACACAUAAUACGUACAUGAUAAACGAUUUUUUUUUUUUUACGUACUUACUCGUUUUUUUCGGAUAAAAUCGUAUCGACGGAGUUGAGUGUUUUACCACGAAAAAUACUAUUUGAAAGCGGUGUUCGAUAUUAUUAUUAAUUUUAUUUUAUAGUCAACUAACUCUCAGGCGGAGCUGUGAAAUCGUUUUGUGUAGUGCAUUUUUGUGGUUGUUCAUUUUAAUUUUGAUUUUUACCGCGUGGAAGAAUAAUCAAAUACAAUUUCAACAUAAGAACGUGUUCAGACAAGGUCAGCUACGUUAAUGUAACCGUACCCUCAUAUUAAACGUCAAGUUAUCCAUCAAUUUUCACAAAAAAAAAAAAAUUAAAUUGCUUACACCCACAUAAACGCUCAGCAGGUGCGGUUCAGUGCUAAUUAAACCAGAACGAACAAAUGUGAGACCAUAUUUUGUGUUUUAUAUGCGUGCAUUUGAAAACUUGGAGGACUCUAUGUGGCAACACGUACUAAAGAUAAGAUGACCAAAUGCGUGGACAAUGCCCGGUGGCCAGCCAGUGCAGCUGAUCGUCAUGGUGUUGGUGUAUUGUGGAACAAUAUUUGCAGAUUGGGCCGAUUGUCCAACCCCUUGUCAAUGCAAGUGGAGUUCGGGGAAAAAAACAGCAUUAUGCAAAGAUGCCGAUUUUACCGAUAUACCUUUAUCGCUCAAUCCAGAUAUGCAGGUACUUGAUUUGAGCUCUAAUAACAUACGCCACUUACCGGAGGACGCGUUUAAAAAAGUAGGACUCCUAAAUCUGCAACGAGUAUUUUUACGCGGUUGCGGAAUACGGAAUGUCCAUAAAGACGCGUUCAGAGAACUGAAAAUACUUAUAGAACUAGAUCUUAGUGAUAACUUGAUUGGUUCAUUGCAUCAAGAGACAUUUCUGGGUAAUGAACGACUUCGUGUACUCUAUUUGAAUGGAAAUCCAUUAACUGAAAUUAAAGAAGUUCAAUUUCCCGUAUUACAGCAUCUCCGAACUCUAGAAUUACAACACUGUCAAAUCAAGCGAAUUCAUAGAGAUGCUUUCUUGCACUUGUCCUCGUUGGAAUCGUUAAAUUUAAACGGAAACCUAUUAAAAUGGUUAUCAGAAACUGUAUUUUUGCCGAUAUCAAAAUUAAAAACAUUAUCUUUGGACGGGAACCCGUGGGUGUGCGAUUGCCGUCUAAGAAGUUUUCGAAACUGGUUUGUUACGUCAAAUUUAUAUUCACACCCGUUGUCAUGUAUUGAACCGAAUAUAUUGUCGGGCAGUCGGUGGGAGAAUAUCAAACCACUAGAGUUUGCAUGUCCACCAGUAGUCAAGAUUGAUAGAAACAGUGUGUUAGAAGAUGCCGGUAAUAUUACUUUUACAUGUAAAGUGACCGGAGAUCCUGAGCCAGAAGUCAACUGGUAUUUCAAUGGACAUAGUAUAGACAACUAUACGGAUCGAAUGGAUGAAAAUCGUACGUGGUUAGAUAACAAUCGAAUGUGGAGUGCCCUUCACAUAUUAAAUGUUUCAGACGUAGUGGCUGGCGAAUUUACAUGCGAAGCUCGGAAUUCACGUGGACAAAUGUCAGCCAAUGUAUCAUUAGCUUUACCAGAAGUAGCAGUUGCUACGACAUUAAGCAAAUCUAAAUCCAUGUACUUGGUUAUUGUUUGUGUAGCCGCUAGUGCAACGGUUUUAUUAUUUUUGAUAGGCUUGACAUGUUGCGUAUGUCAAGUAAAAAAAUCUGGAGGACGGCGCGAUAGUAAGACAAAUUUUAAAGGAAGUACUAGUUUUAGCGAUGCGGACAAACGACUACUCGACGCAAGCAUAUCGACCACACAAGCCGGGAGCUGUGAAAUGCUUGGCGGAUCUUCUUGCCAGGACUUGGAGCUCAUUGAACAGUCAUUACAAAAUAUCCCAUUGGCCUCCGUCUGCGAUCAACAACCGGUUCACAUAACUAUUGAAAGUCAUGAUCCCAAUUCUAGUUUGUCAUUGUACCCACCACCACCAGAAUUUUCCACUAGUAUUCUGCCGUCAGUCAGUGGUUUUGGAAAUAUAUUUAUUUCAGUAUCAGUGAGUCAAGAACCACCAGACCCUGAAUCUAGGUAUCCAGACUUACUUGACAUGAAACACAGACAAAAACAAAGCGUUAGUGUUGGUACUAGCUCAACCCAUCAUCUUCCACCAGCUUCGUCAUAUUACGCCACUAUGCCGAGGAAAAAACGAUUGAUAGACCACCAAUCCAUCAAAUCGGUAAUGCCACAUUACGAUAACAUGGGUCCUAGAAUUACAGCAACGGGAAGUUGUACGAACUUGUCAUCUCUUUCUAAUAGUGGUGAAUCUUCCGACGAUAUACCGCCACCACCACCGCCACCUUUAUGUACUGGACACACUGACUACGUGGCUCUAUAAUCAAAUAAUUAUAAUUUAUGUAUCUGUGAAAAAUCAUUCUUUGGAGUAUAAAUAGAUAAAUAUUUUAAGGAAUACAUAUUUAAUAUGUAUGAUUUCAAUAUUGUUUACAAUAUUAUACACUAUAUUCACACAAAAAUAAAAGAAAAAAACCAUAAUUUAUGUAAAAUGUUUGAAACAAAAUAACAUUUGGAAUCUGUACAGAAAGCUAAAUACAAUUUAAAAGAAGGUAUUGUUACUAUUGACGUUUAAACAGAACAUUGAAAGCUUAAGUCGUAUUAUCCGUCAUCAAUCACAUGGCAUUUAUUAUGGGGGCAGUAUUAUUAAUAAAAUACUAAAAUAGUAUUAUAGAGGAAAACCUGAAUACAAUAAAUAAUAAUGAGAAAUAGAAAGAAAAAAGUAAUCAUUGUAUAAAUGAAAGUUUGGUCCUGUUACUAUUUGUUUGUUCGUUUAUAUGUUUUUUUUACGAAGUCAGUAGGUUAAACUUGACAAUCUAUAGUUUUAAUACUUAAACGAUAAGUAUUUUAUGUUAAAAUUGGAAUCAAAAAUCUUAUUUUCUAAUUAAUCAUGGUUUUAUUAUCGCUUUCUAUACAUAAAAAAAAUAUAUACAUUUUUUCAUGAAAAUAUAUAAAUAUAUUGUAUUUCUGUUUAAUUAUUAUAGUAUUAGGUUGUAAUUUGAUUAAUUGUUGAGUUUAAAAUUAUUUAUGAACAUAAAUUCCUGAAAUCUCAUUAAGUUAUCAGCUUAAUUAAUAACUUUUAUAUGAUGAAUGUAAAUUAUUAAUAACUAAUAUUCAUCAUUAAAAUUUGAAAUAAUUAUUUAAUUAAAUAAAUCUAAUUUUAUAAUCCGUGAAUUUUUUUCUAUAACUCUCCAUAUUAAUUUAUAAUAAAACAACACAUUAUAGAACAUAAAAUGUAUAAGACACAAUUUAAUUUUCAUGACAUGGCGAAGAUUACAAUAAAAUAAUAUAAAAAUUAUAUCAGAUAACAUUAUUAAUUUAACAUAAAAGUUAUAUUAAUAAAGAUCGGUAACUAAUGUAACGUAUAAACAACAUUUUUAAAACGUCAUUGUCCUCAGUUAAUUUAAACAUCGUAAUGUUUACCUUUACCUUUUAGAUCACGAUAAGUAACAAAAAUUAAGUUGAUAAUAUUAUAAUAUUAUAAAUGUUAAUAUUUCUUGUUACACCUCUAUUAAAUUAUAAAAGUUGUAUAAUAGUCUGUAUUAUUGCCCGUUGAUUUUUAAAAAAAAUUGUUUUUGUUUAAUGAGAACAUUUAUAUUUAAUUUUAAAAUAAGACGAUUAGACAAUAAAUAUAACAAUUAUAUGCAUCCAUCUAACUUUGUACUAUUUUUAACUAUAAAUUAAAAAAGUAAGAUUGAUGUGAAAAAAAUCAUCACACCAUAUCGAUCGGUAUCUAUCUAUUUACCCUCUAACUUAAAAAAAUCUCAGAGAUAGUGAAAUCCGAAAUUCGUAUUAUUUAAUUUAAACUAUAUUUUUUACACAUAUCAUUUUAAUUAAUUAUGUUUUAUUACUUUCUUAUAUAAUUUAAAAAUGUAUUUAUAAUUUUUUUUUUAUUUUUUAAGAGAAGUAAUUAAAAAUUAAAAAAAAAAAUGUUAAAUGUAGGUUUUGGCAUAUCAUGUUAUUGUAGUAGGUAUAUCUAUUUAGUACGCAUAAAAUAUUAAUAUAAGAUCCAUUAAAAAUCAAAUUUUACUAAAUAACAUAAAAAUAAUAUCCUUAAUAAUUUCAAAAAAAUUUUUAAUUUUUUGAUUAAUAGUGAUUGUCUAUAAUACUAAUACAUCUCCAUAUAUAAUGUCCAUUAAAAUUAAAUAUAAAAACUAUAAUUAUUUUCAUAAUGAUGGUAGGCCUUGUUAAGUUACACAACAGUAAUUAUAUAAUUGCUUAAAUGUUGAUAUGAACAAUUUUAUCAACUUCAUAUAAAAAUGAAUUAUGAUGAAGUACAAUAUUAUUUAAUUACCCACAUGAAAAAAUAAAAAAUAAACAAACAUUGAAAUACCCAAAUAAAUUUUUGAAUUUGAAAUUUUAAAAUAUUAUUUUUUCUUGUAUUUUAUUUGCAUUUAUUUAGGUAUUUCAAUAUUAUUCUUCAAACAGAAAAUAUCAAUUUUUUUUUAAAUUAUGGCUUUUGUAGGUUGUGACCAGUAGAUAAAUAAUAUUGAAAUCCUGUGUUGUAAACGUGACAAUGUAGCUUAUGAAUGCAUAAUGCAUAUAGACGGACCUACAGGAUAUAAAACUGUCUUUUAUUAUUAAAAAAAAUAAUUAUUAUUGUAAAAAUAAAUAAUAAAUGUAAUAAUUUUUAAGGUAUUUUAUUUAUAAUGUUUAUAUUAAGUUUUGUUUGCUUUCGACACUACAAGUAUUCUUUUAUCUCCUUUGUGAACGUGUCACAAAAAAAAAAAAAUGUAUUAUUCUAUAGUUGUGAAUAAAUAUGAAAUUUUUUGUCUGCUUUGAAAUAAUUAUAAAUAUUUAUACGUAUACAAUAUACUUAUAUAUAUAUGCGUAAGUAUGUAUGUAUAUAAAUAUAAUACAUUUAUGUUC